CCUGACAGCUCCACUGUUUCUUUUAAUGGUUUAAUGCGCUCUCUUUUUCUCACUCCGCUCUCAACUUUCCACUGAGAUGGUACUUAGUAGAGAAGGAAAGGAUGAAGAGAGAGAGAGUAAGAAAGCAACACAAGAAGGCGAGCUCCUCGCGUAGUACUCUGUUUCUUUUACUUUUGGCUUUUGCCAAUCCCAUUCUUCCAUCUUUUCUUUAAUUUUUACUAAAGAGAGGAACUCUAAAGCUGAUUCCCUCAUACUUCUCUCUCGCACAUUACGAGGCUUCUUCCAGAAUCGCCUGCUGCAGAUUCCCUUCUCCUCUCACCCUCUCACCUCUCACCUCUCACCUCUCACCUCUCAUCUCUCUCUCUUUCUCUCUGGUUCUCUGCCCUCCUUUCUGCAACUGCAAGUCUAUAGCUCUAACUCAAAAAUAGACUUCGUUUCAGGGACCGCAUUUCGUUUUCUCAUUUGAUUCAGGUUUUCUACUUCCGGGAAAAACUUCACGACUCCCCAGCUACUCUGCCGAGAGCACGAGGGUCUGAGCUAAAAGCCCUCUGUUUUGCACUCAGAACACGAGGGUUUUAAAAGCUACAUUACCUAGCUAGCCAACCGUUUCCAUUGACCAUUUGUGUUUCAACUUUUGUUGGGUUUCAGUAUAUGGAUGUCGUCGAGGUGGGUUUUGUUUUUUCCUUUGAUUUGGUUGAGAACUUAGCUGCUGCUUUUAUAGUGAGAAGGAUUGUUCGUUGUUGUGUUCUUCCUUGGUGACAGAGUAAAGGGUCGAAGUAACAUUCUAACAAGUGACUUUUGUUGGUUCUGUUUGAAUGGUUUGUGGAGGUUGGUUAUUAACUGGGUCUUUCCUCUUUAGUAUUUCAAUGUUUGCUAUUGCUCUCCCCUGAAACAGUGGAUUUCGAGGGAAGCAACCGCGACGAACAGCUUUUAGAAGCGAUCAUUUAAGCGGGAGUUUCGAAAAUGGAUUUCGUUUCUUGAAGUGGGCUUUUGCGAGUGCGAAAUGGGUGGUUCGAGCUCUAGAAGCGAAAAUAACGAGGUGCUUCGGCUCUGUAAGGAGCGGAAGAGAUUUAUCAAACAAGCAAUCGAUUCCAGGUACUCUCUUGCGGCUGCUCAGCUCUGUUACGUUCAAUCUCUCCGAAACAUUGGUAUUGCUCUUCGACGAUACGCGGAGGCUGAGGUAUUGAUGGAAUCAUCCCUCUCUACUUCUGCAACUGAACUUGAUAAAACCCCUUCUCACUCCUCUUACCUAUCUCCAUCCCCUUCUCACAUUGCUGAGACUAUGGAUUCACCGCUGCAUUUCGAAAGUCCCCUUUCACCCCCAGUCUCAAACUUGAGUUACAUGAGAUCGGGAGGAACUGCUGCAGUGUCUGUUAGUUUUAAUCCGUCCUUCAAUAGUUUUGUGGAGGACGAGUCCCUGAACUUACCCCCACCCCCGCCUCCCCCUCCACCCGGGUCCAGCUUUUCGUGGGACUAUUUUAAUCCUGGUGAUGAAUCAGAGAGCUUCAGGUUUAUUGCUGAGAAUGGAUUCGAUAGGAAUUUCUACAUGUCUGAGUUGGGACAGUUCAGGGGGGAGGAAGUUGCUCCUUUUAUUGAUGGAGCAGGGUUGAAAUUGGAGAAGGCUGAUUCAAAAAGAAACGAUGAAAUCUUUACAGGAUCAGGAAAGCCAGAAUCUGAACAGAGGCCUGAAACUUGUGGUGAUUCAGCAGCGCCAUCUCAAAGUAAAGCUACCGGCAAAUUGGCAAUGCCAAAUGCAGGAUCCUUCAAUGGUAUUACCUCGGAAGUACAAUCAACAGAGCCAGAUAAAGGGUUAUGUGCAGAUAGAGAGGAUCCUUCUGAGUUCAUCACCCACAGAGCUAAAGAUUUUUUGUCGAGCAUAAAAGAUAUCGAGCAUCGUUUCUUCAGAGCAUCUGAAUCUGGCAAGGAGAUCUCCAGAAUGCUUGGAGCAAAUAAAAUUCGUCUCAACUGUUCUGCACCCAAAGGGAAUUCACCAAACUCUGUAUUUUUGGCAGCCUUUGAUCUAGUUUGUUGCUGGCGUGAAAACACACUUGUUACUCAUGAAACUCCAGAACAUACUACAAAAGUUAUUACUUGGAACCGGUCAGUAUCAUCACAUUCAUCUUCAUCUAGGAAUCCUCUUGCAAUAGCAUCAAAAGAUGACAUUGACGACAGUGGAAGUGAACUUCUAGAAGAGUUCUGCAUGAUCUCGGGGAGCCAUUCGUCCACCUUAGACAGACUGUAUGCAUGGGAGAGGAAACUCUAUGAUGAAGUUAAGGCUAGUGAGUCCAUCAAGAAGGUGUAUGAUCACAAGUGUGACCAGCUCAGGCACCAAUUUGCUAGGGAUAUGAGCCCCAAAGUGAUUGACACAACUAGGGCAGUUGUAAAGGAUCUCCAUUCACGAAUAAGAGUGGCUAUACAUGCAGUUGAUUCAAUUGCAAAACGAAUUGAGAAAUUAAGGGAUGAAGAGUUGCAACCACAGCUUAUAGAGCUGAUACAGGGUAAUAAUCAGAUUCAUGACUGGUCGGCCCUCCGCAGAUUGAUCCGGAUGUGGAAAGCGAUGCUUGAAUGCCACCAUGCACAAUAUAUCACAAUUUCACUUGCCUACCAUUCAAAGAGCUCAACAUCAGGGCCUGGGCGGGGUGAUUCUCACAGGCAGGUGUUGACUCACCUCCAACAUGAGAUCGAGUGCUUUGGCUCAAGCUUUACAGACUGGAUUGAAGCUCAUAGAUCUUAUGUAGAAGCUCUCCAUGGCUGGCUCCACAACUGCAUUUUACUACCUCAAGAGCGUUCCAAGGGAAGGAAAGGCUUCUGCCCCCGUCGGGCUCUGGCCCCACCUAUUUUUGUUCUCUGUCUUGACUGGUCAAAUAAGAUCAAAGCCUUGCCGUCUGGAGACCUUACAGAUGCCAUCAAAGCCUUAGCAUCUGAUGUUCGCAAUUCAAUGGCGGAGCAGCAGGUAGAGGAUCAACAAAAUAAAAAAGAGUCCCAAGAUACAGACAACAGUGGAGGAUCAGGAAAUAGAGAGUACGAAGGGCAUGAAAAUACUUCAAAUCUGAGCAGCAUUCACUCAGGUUUGAUGAAGGCACUUGACCAGCUCUCCAAAUUUGCAGAGGCUUCCCUGAAAAUGUACGAAGACCUGCGAAAGGAAAGUGAGGCAGCUAGGAUUGCAUAUACAAAUUGCAGGACUAUUUGACUGUGAGUAAGGGUGUUGUAAUUAAGUUACAAGGGCAACAAACUUCUGACAAUUAUUUGAAUAAAGUAACAGGUUGAUUUGUAA